CCGUCCUUUCCUGACCAAGCUUAGCCUUGCCGCAAAGCAAGCCUCUGAGGGGUCUUUGACCAUUGAAAACCUCCGCUCGUUUACCUGGCCUGCGCCAGCCAAGGUGGUUGUGGGCGCUAAAAUUGGUAUACCGCAAGCUGCAGGACAACUGGUUUUGGGCGUCUAGCCACUUUCGUCCCAGAACCCUGGUCACGGCAAGCUGGCAGGGCCUUCCGAGGUCUUGGUAACCUUAUUCGUCCACCACUUGGGCGAGCAACACUGGGAUUUGUCUCUCUAGGCUUGCCGUUGUCUCUGCGUCGUGGGUGGGGGGACGCUCGUAUGAUAACAGCGAUCUUCAGACCGAGUCCUCACAGAAGGUUUGUGUGCUCUGGCUCUAGAACGAAAUAUCGGUCUUUUCGAGGAAGUAGAAGGGUGUUUGGUUGCCUACAUCUAAGAUUGGUGGGCAUUCAAAGUUCUCCGCUUGGCACUAGCCACGGUGAAGGUCGUGAGCGGUGGUAAAAAAUCACGUAUUGGGGGCCGACCUGAAGCACACCUCUGGCGGUGUGGAGGUGGAUUCUUGCCUCGUUAACCCCAAUAGAGUUGGCUUCCCGUUGUUGCUUGCUUUUUGGGAGCAAUACGGUGUUUUCCACGAAGGCAUGCAACAAUGUUUCAGGAAUGGUGUGCUCUCAGUCACUGUCUCGUCCGAGAGCCAUGCAUGACGGUAACUUGCAGAAUGACUGGAGAGGAUUCGGGCGUAAGACGGGAAACCAUCGUCAUCCCAAGUAGUGGCGAGGUUCGGGCGAAAUUGUCAAUAUGGGAUGAUUGAGACGAGAUGGCUAGAGAUUAGGUGGGCGAGAGUGGCUUGCUGAACCUGUGACAUUGGCUGGUCCUGCCGAUUUCCAGGGGUGGUAUGGCGUACGAACAGUGUUUGUGUGUACUCCGCAGACCAGGCCC